AUGUCAAUGUGGAGUAAAGCGAUGGUGGUGGCACAGUUGAUAAUAGUUAUGGCGGCGGUGCAUGGGGGAGGUUGUGGGGACGCAGACACAGGAUCCGCGGUUUCAUGUGGAGAAGUGGAGAUGUGUUUGAUAGGGUGCAUGGAUUACCUGACACAAAGAGAUCGUGAUCAUGAUCAGGAUCAUGAUGAUGAUCCAACGGCUGCUUGUUGUAAUGGCCUCGAAUAUCUCCAGUUCAUCACCCCGACCCCACCUCUCAGACAAGCCGCUUGUGAAUGUCUCAAGGAAGCCGCCACUGGAUAUCCUGAUCUUAACCAAGAUCAAGCAGCUUCUCUGCCUGCCAAGUGUCAUCUUCAGAUAAAUUUCACCAUCUCCCCUACCAUAAAUUUGUUAAUUAAGUAUGAUGGUGGUUGA